GCGCAGCCUUUCCGGCGCUCCGUGGAUGAUGCCAUUUCCGGUGAAGGGAGGCGGGUGGUGCUCUGCUAUUACUACCACUGCCGCGGCACUACUACUGCUGCUGUGUCAGGGUGUCUGAGGGGCAGAGAUGGCGAGUGCGGGGGACAUCUACCGGCUGCGUUGCUCCUUGGUGGGGCAUGAGCUGGACGUGAGAGGACUCAGUUGCUGUCUCUUCCCGGCCGGCGCCUUCGUGUCUGUGUCCCGGGAUCGGACGGCGCGGCUCUGGGCGCCGGACAGUCCCAACAGAGGAUUUGCUGAAGUGCACUGCAUGAAUGGGCACUCCAAUUUUGUUUCUUGUGUAUGUAUCAUCCCUCCAAAUGACAUUUACCCACGUGGAUUAAUUGCCACUGGUGGGCAUGAUAACAACAUUUGCAUCUUCACUUUGGACAGCUCUGCACCGCUCUUUGUCCUUAAAGGUCAUAAAAAUGCAGUUUGUAGCCUCUCAUCUGGGAAAUUUGGCACCCUUCUUAGUGGCUCAUGGGAUACGACAGCCAAAGUCUGGUUGAAUGACAAAUGCAUGAUGACACUACAGGGCCACACUGCAGCAGUCUGGGCUGUGAAGAUAUUGCCUGAACAAGGAUUAAUGUUGACUGGUUCAGCUGAUAAAACCAUUAAACUGUGGAAGGCAGGUAGAUGCGAGCGAACAUUUACUGGACAUGAAGACUGUGUAAGAGGCUUAGCUAUUUUAAGUGAGACAGAGUUUCUUUCUUGUGCAAAUGACGCCAGCAUUCGAAGAUGGCAGCUAUCCGGCGAAUGUCUCCAAGUUUAUUAUGGGCACACAAAUUAUAUAUACUGCAUAUCUGUCUUUCCACAGAGUAAAGAUUUUGUCACCACUGGUGAAGACAGAUCACUCAGAAUCUGGAGAAAAGGAGAAUGCACACAGACGAUCAGACUUCCUGCUCAGUCCGUUUGGUGCUGCUGUGUGUUGGACAACGGAGACCUUGUUGUUGGAGCAAGUGAUGGCGUUAUCAGAGUGUUUACAGAGUCUUUGGAGCGCACAGCAAGUCUGGAGGAGAUUCAGGCAUUUGAAAAUGAGCUUUCCCAAGCAACAAUUGAUCCUAAAACUGGUGAUCUAGGAGACAUUAAUGCUGAUGAUCUUCCUGGUCUAGAGCAUUUAGAUGAACCUGGUACAAAGGAUGGACAGACAAGACUGGUUAAAAAUGAUGGAAAAGUUGAAGCUUAUCAGUGGAGCAUCAGUGAUACGAAGUGGAUGAAAAUUGGAGAUGUUGUUGGCUCAUCUGGAGCUACGCAGCAGACGUCUGGAAAAGUUUUGUUUGAAGGAAAGGAAUAUGACUAUGUUUUCACUAUUAAUGUCAAUGAAAGUGGACCCUCUCACAAGCUGCCAUACAACAUCAAUGAUGAUCCAUGGCUGACCGCAUACAACUUCCUGCAGAAGAAUGAUCUGAAUCCCAUGUUUCUGGAUCAGGUGGCCAAAUUCAUAAUUGAGAACACCAAAGGACAAACAUUGGGGCCCACAAACACUGAAUUUUCAGAUCCUUUCACAGGUGGUGGCCGUUAUGUUCCAGGUUCUUCCUCAGGGUCCAAUGCAGGACUUGCUGCAGAUCCAUUCACAGGUGCUGGUCGCUAUGUCCCAGAUUCAGUGUCUCACCCUACAGCUCCUUUAAGUGGAGUUCAUCCGUUUACAGGGACUGGUGCCUACAAAUUAGCUGCAGCUAAAGCAGAAAAUAUUUAUUUUCCAAAGAAAGAAGCUGUUACUUUUGAUCAGGCCAACCCAACACAGAUACUGAGUAAACUGAAAGAACUUAAUGGAAAUGCACCUGAAGAACAACAACUGACUGAAGAUGAUUUAGGUCUCCUAGAAAAAAUGCUGUCUAUAAUAUGCAAUACCUCUGCAGAAAUACCCACUGCGCAGCAACUUCAGAUUUUGUGGAAAGCAAUCAACUGGCCAUAUGACAUUGUCUUCCCAGCACUAGAUAUCCUUCGUUUAUCAGUCAAGCACCCCAGCGUGAAUGAAAGCUUCUGCAGUGAAAAGGAUGGCAUUCAGUUCAGCAGCCACCUUAUCAAAUUUUUGAACCCUGGAGGAAAGCAAGCCAACCAGAUGCUGGCCCUUAGAACUCUUUGCAAUUGUUUUGUUCAUCCAGUUGGUCAAAAGCUCAUGAUGUCACAGGGAGACUCAAUAAUGUCACAAGCAAUAGAACUGAAACUGAGCAGCAAUAAGAACAUUCACAUUGCACUGGCCACCUUGGCUCUGAACUAUGCUGUUUGUUUACAUAAAAUAAAUAACAUUGAGGGCAAAGCUCAGUGCUUGUCAGUGAUCAGCACAGUCAUGGAAAUUGUGCAAGACCUUGAAGCUAUUUUUAGGCUGCUGGUGGCUCUUGGGACACUAAUCAGUGGUGAUUCAAAUGCUGUACAGUUAGCUAAGUCUCUAGGGGUUGACUCCCAAAUUAAGAAAUAUUCCUCUGUAUCAGAACCAGCUAAAGUAAAUGAAUGCUGUAGGUUUGUGCUUAAUUUGCUCUAACCCUUUUUUAAAGCACUUGGAAAUGUAGGACUAUGCUGAUUUUUUUUUCAUAUUUUACAAGAACUAAAAGAAAUACUGUGGGUUAAUUAUCUGGACAUUGAAUGAAACAAUCUAAAUAAAACCUUUUUGCACUGA